CUUCUCACAGUCCACCCAAACUCUCACCACCCUCGUCCGAGCUCACCCUCAUCCCUCCAAGAUGGAUUCCAGCAAGCAGCCCGUCAAGCUCGUCAAGGUGACCCGUGUCCUCGGUCGCACCGGUUCCCGUGGUGGUGUCACCCAGGUCCGCGUCGAGUUCAUGGACGACACUUCCCGCUCCAUCAUCCGUAACGUGAAGGGCCCAGUCAAGGUUGACGACAUCCUCUGCUUGCUCGAGUCCGAGCGCGAGGCCCGCCGUCUCCGUUAAAAAACCCCAAAACAACAAUUCAUUCGCGCUAUGUCUUUCGUCUCUCUUCGUCUCUCGCAUAUCCCUCACGUCCGGUUUUCUUUGAUCGUUCUUCGGCCAAAACUGUGUCCUCGCUUUUCUUUUUCGCCGAUCCUCUGACUCCCCCCGACUCCUCAACCUCAACCGCCGCGUCGCCCAUUUCCACCUCUCGAGUUUCGUUCCCGAUGAUCCGAUGGAGGUGAUGAUUUGGGUGGAUGGGACUUUUUGGUGACGUCUCCAAGAAGUUCCCAAUGAAGUCGAUCAUAGGUCCCGAACGAGAGAGAGAGAUAGAGAGAACGAGCAGACUCCAACCCCUGUUUAUAUGAAAAAUGAAAUGAGGUUGCGCGAUGGCUGGUUUGAAUUUGUGGGAUGGUCUGGUCUGGUUUGGUUUGGUGUUUUACUACAUACACGCGUCUAUUUGACGUGCUUGCAUGGGCUCAAUGCGACAAACGAGGUUGUGAUGUGCUUCUUUCUUUUUUUCCUUUGUGCACUGCAAGGUGGUACUAUAGGCACCGAGUUAAACCAGGUCUGAUCGACAAAAAAGAACUACGGGAAUCUAAGAAAAAAAUUCGAAACUUCCGGUUCUAAUGUCGAAAGACUGGUCAUUCGUAGCGUAGUAAUCUAGGCUGAACUUCAAUGUUGAAGUGCUUGGUCUUGAUAUUGGCUCA